UGGUAUAACAUAGAGCCCAGGUCGGGUUAAGCAUAUUAAGGCCCAAGACCCCUUCUCCCAACCUUGAGCUAGCCAGUUGAGGUAGCUACUAGGCAAAGCCUCAGCGAAGAUGUGUCGGAAGAUCAUUAUCCAUCAGAUGCACCACGAUGUGCGUAUACCAAUGAUAUGUGACGUAUUCGCGGAGCAGCAAGAAGUUUACGCCAACCCACGGCGCACAAGGUACCACCAAUGCGAACUUUCGCAUCCGCCGCCUGGGCAAUUGCUUCUGAACACUUGGUAUCCGACAUGCGAGUAUCAUAGCUGUUGCAUGCCGAUUGUUGAAAUCACAUGCUGCGAUGCGGGGCUGAGGUACGACGACGACGAUCACGAACCAGAAGAAUGCGACUAUUUUGUGCUAGAGCACAAGCACGAGCGUCUGGAGUACUUCGGCUGUCCGGAGGACUACCCUGUAAGUUACUGCCCUGCCACAUGGAGCAAUGACAUUUAUGAAAUCGACCGGAAUUGGGAUGAUUGGUACCGGGAAGACUGGGAAAGGUUAUAUGAAUGGGAAGAGGUGUUGUUUCAAGAGUGCGAGACUAUCUACAUACUUGAAGAAGAGGCCAAGACCCACUUCUUAGUUUGGAGGGACCUCAACCGGUGGAGGAAUUGGAGAGAUCGUUUACUUGUUCAAGCGGAGAUCCACGUUGAGCAAGCGCAGAAGAGGCUCAUUGACCAGAAAGAAUUGGUAUCUCGCAUGUUUAAUUGGGGUCGAGGAGAUGGCUUUGUAUGUUCAUCAGGAUUCGUGCCCAUAUGGUGGAUGCGGCUAUGGGCUGAAAAAGAGGAUAUGUACGGGGAGCUCAACGGGGUUAAGAUACGGCCAGAGAAUCUACAGUGCAUAAGUUAGGUACCUAGGUA